AUGGCACAGCGUGUGGCUUUUAUUACCGGUGGAAGUGGUGGCAUCGGACGAGCCACUGCGCACAAACUGGCCAGCCGUGGCAUCUCGAUCGUGGUAGCCGAUAUGGAUGAAAAAGAAGGUGGAAAAGUAUCGGACGAAGUCGCAAAGAAGUGGAAUGUCAAGACUAAGUUUCUCAAACUCGAUGUCACUCAGGAACAACAGGUCAAAGACGCCAUCGCCUCGUCGACAGAGUGGACAGGCCGGCUUGACUAUGCCGCCAACUGUGCGGGCAUCUGCGAAUCCAUAUGGGCUGAAGAAGAAAGCAUUACCACCGAGCUCUUUGAAAGGACGCAUGCCAUCAACACCAAGGGUUUGUGGUUGUGCCAGAAAUACCAGGCCUUGCAAAUGAAGACUCAGGACCCUCGCCCCAUCUCAUUCGAACCGCCAUCCCCACACAAGAUUCCAGGACAACGUGGAGCCAUUGCAAAUGUCGUCUCUAUCUCAGGACUCCAAGCGGCAGGGUUGGCAGCAUACACACCCUCCAAGUAUGCUGCAGUCGGAGUGACGAAAAACGGAGCAAAGUUCUACGGGCCAGAUGGGAUCCGAGUUAAUGCUCUGUGUCCGGGGUGGACUAUGACCAAAAUGAUCGAGCACUCGAUGGGCGCCGCAGGGAUCAUUGGAUCGAAGGAAAACGCGGAGUCCCCAGUCAGUAAAGCCAUUGCCUUGCGAAGGAUGGCUUUCGCCGAGGAGCAAGCCAACGUCUUGAGCUUCUUGUUGAGUGACGAGAGCAGCUAUAUGAAUGGAUCGCUGGUGGUCAAUGAUGGUGGCUUCCACGACAUCCGGUGA